CAGUGCUGGGAUGAGGGGUGUGAAGAGAUGACAUAUUUCCUCCUCAUAGCCUCCGUUUGUCUUCCCUGUAUCCCUCAGUAUUACUCUCUGAUAUUUGGAACUCCUGUCCUCAGCUCUGAAGUGAGUAGGAAUGAAGAAAUGAAGAGAUGUUACCUGUGCUCAAAGAAGUAAACUGCUCCCUUAAGACUAAAAUGGAAGGUCAAAAAAGGACUAAAAUAAAGAGUCACUUACUCCUUUAUUUCCAGUGAGGCAUUGAGGAGCCAUCUCCCACUCUCUCGCUGGGUCUUCUUCCACCUGCCAGUACAGCCCUGGGACAGUAUUGAUGGGGCUGAGGACUGCAAUAGAAGAUACUUCACAUACAGAUAUCUGUAGUUUCUGACCUCUAAAGUGGGAAGAAUAGUAGUAACUCUGGCCUUGCAGGUUGUUGAGAGGAUCAAAUGAAAAGAUGUGGGAGAGUGGUGUGAGUUCCUCCUUAAAGGCCACACCCUGCCAUUGGGCAUUGAAGGACUUGCUAUGAUUUUCCUUUGUCUUGGCUCCACCCUCAGCUCCCAUCCUGUGUGCUUCACAUCUCUGGCACCCCUUCAUUUCAUCAUUCAGAGCUCCUCAAAGGAGGAGCUCAGUCUGGUCCACCUCUGGGCUCCCUGCACUGGUCUCAACAAGGCCGGGUGACGCUCCAGAAUGGGAGACAAGCCAAUUUGGGAGCAGAUUGGAUCCAGCUUCAUUCAGCAUUACUACCAGUUAUUUGAUAACGACAGAACCCAACUAGGCGCAAUUUAUAUUGAUGCAUCAUGCCUUACGUGGGAAGGACAGCAGUUCCAGGGGAAAGCUGCCAUUGUGGAGAAGUUGUCUAGCCUUCCGUUCCAGAAAAUCCAGCACAGCAUCACAGCACAGGACCAUCAGCCCACACCAGAUAGCUGCAUCAUCAGCAUGGUAGUGGGCCAGCUCAAGGCUGAUGAAGACCCCAUCAUGGGGUUCCACCAGAUGUUCCUAUUAAAGAACAUCAAUGAUGCUUGGGUUUGCACCAAUGACAUGUUCAGGCUUGCCCUGCACAACUUCGGCUGACCUCUUCCCAGCCAGGCACUCAUGCUGUUUCCUCCUCCCUCCUCUUCCUGAUAACUAUUCACACUCCUCCAGAUGCUCCAAAUAUCAUACACAAAUGAGCAGGGCCAUGGUGGGAGCAGGCGCAGUGCGCUGCUACUACCGAGGUAUUGUGCAUGAUGUUUGGAUGCUAGAAUAGUUGCAUCUGACAGGAGAAGUUUGUGUUGUACCAGCGCAUGCCUUGGAAAGACUUAAGUAAUGCAAAAGGUUGUCUUUUUUUUUUUUUUUUUUAAUCUACUGACAAGUUGCUCUAGUAACCCAAAGAAGUGAAGGAGAAAGCAGCUGCCUCACCACCCAGAUAUUGACCGCCCAGAUAUUGAUUUGUUCGGAUGUUUCAAUGGCUCAUGAUAUAAUAAAACCACAAAAAUUUUCUUAACA